CAUUCUUGUCAAACGGAGUUUGGAUUCCAACCGAGCAAGUUUGAGAAAUUCAGUUGAUCACUUUCCUUUCAGUGGGAAAAUUCUAAAAAAAAAAUGUAUCAUCGAACUCUAGAGGAUAUUUUAGAGAAACAUUUACCUGACGCUGAACUUCGUGAGGCAAAACGAAUUUUAUAUGGUUCUGAAAUAAUAGAGAAAUUAAAAUUACCAACAAUUUCCGAAAAUUUAAAAUGUGAAGUUCAAGGUUGGAAACUUGGCAAUGCAAUUCAGGAAAAUUUACGUUCACCCCGCUUGGUUCGUGUUGCUGUUAUUCAAAAUUCCAUUGUCCUACCAACAACUGUUCCAAUUCACCAACAAAGGGAUGCGAUUCAUAAAAAAAUUUCCGGAUAUCUAGAACAUGCAGCUGCCUGCAAUGUCAAUAUUGUUUGUCUUCAAGAAGCAUGGCCGAUGCCGUUUGUUUUUUGCACGAGAGAAAAAUAUCCUUGGUGUGAAUUCGCGGAAGAUGCUGAAACGGGACCAACAACUACAUUACUCGCGAAAAUUGCCGCCAAACAUGGAAUGAUUAUAAUUUCACCGAUUUUAGAACGUGAUUCGGAACAUGGUGAUACUAUGUGGAAUACGUGCGUUGUCAUUGGACAGGACGGUCGUGUGAUUGGAAAACAUAGAAAAAAUCACAUUCCACGAAUUGGCGAUUUUAAUGAAUCUACUUAUUAUGUUGAGGGCAAUACCGGACAUCCAGUUUUCGAAACAUGUUUCGGUCGAAUUGCCAUCAAUAUUUGUUAUGGUCGUCAUCAUCCUCAAAAUUGGAUGAUGUUUGGAAUCAACGGAGCUGAAAUUGUCUUCAAUCCAAGUGCAACGGUUGGAGCAUUAUCAGAGCCUUUAUGGCCAAUUGAAGCACGAAAUGCAGCAAUAGCAAAUAAUUAUUAUACAUUUGCGGUAAAUCGUGUUGGAACGGAAAUAUUUCCCAAUGAAUUUACAUCGGCCGAUGGUAAACCAGCUCACAAAGAUUUUGGUCAUUUUUAUGGUUCAAGUUAUGCAACAGCACCAGAUGGAACACGAACACCAGGUUUAAAUCGUGACAAAGAUGGAAUUUUAAUCACGGAAAUUGAUCUCAAUCUUUGUCGACAAAUGAAGGACAAAUGGGGUUUGAGAAUGACUCAACGUUUGGACAUGUACGCCAAUGAGUUAACAGAAGCCAGUAAACUAAAUUACAAGCCGCAGAUUGUACGAAAGUAAAAAAGAAAUCUCAUUAAAAUGAGAAAGAAUCGAGAAGCAAUUCAUCGAUUUUAUUGGUCUUUAUUUCGCAAAAAUGGAAUAAUAAAAAAAGAAUCAUUUCUAAUUCCAAAAGAAAAUUAGAUUUAAACUAAUCUACAAUUCUAAAAGAAACAAAUGUAAGAACUUCGAUUUUCUCACAAAUGAAAUAAAUAAUUUUUUUUUUGUUUUCUUAGAGAAAAAUCGCAGUUUGUGUAAAAAAAAACAAUGGAAUAUUUAAAUACUAAAUUAAUAAUAGCAAGUCUUACUUUUAUAUAAUAAAGAAAUAUUAAAAAAGAAAGAAAGAAA